AUGUCGGACCCUCAUCGCGAUGUCUCCCAGUACAAGUACUCGGCCAUGUCCAACCUGGUUCUCCAGGCGGACCGUCGGUUUGUCACAAGGCGAACUGAUGAGGCCACAGGCGACCCAGAGUCUCUCGCUGGACGCCUGAGUAUCAACGACAUGGGCUCUCGAGUGGCUCGUGACGAAGCCCCGAAGCAGAAGAGGCAACCUGGAAUGCCCGAAAUCGAGCGAGGGAAUCUUCAAGAGGGCCAAGACGUAUUGCUAAGAGAGCAACGGAAGCGAAAACCAGAUGCGCAACAGGGUGGUGUACUCGGUACAAAUGACACAUUGAUCGAAGGCAUCACAUAUCGACCUCGAACCGCAGCGACGCGGGCGACCUUUGACCUGAUCCUGACUCUUGUGGCGAACAAUCUUGGCGAUGUACCCCACGAAGUCGUGCGCAGUGCUGCAGAUGCUGCGUUGGAAUAUCUCAAAGAUGACGAUAUGAAGGAUCUGGACAAGAAGAAGGAAAUCGAUGAUAUUCUCGGCACAACUCUGAAUCCCAAGCAAUUCAACGAACUGAUUAACUUGGGAAAGAAGAUUACAGACUACGAUGCCCAAGACGAUGAUGAGGAUGUGAACAUGGGAGGCGACAAUGAUGACGACGCGGAAAUCGACCAGCGGCAGGGUGUGGCUGUUGCCUUUGACGACGACGACGAAGAGGAUGAGAUUGUCAAUGAAGUUCGAGACGAGUCUUCAGAAGACGAAGAGGAGGAAGAGGAGGAAGAAGGGGCGGCAAAGGCAGAGGAGGAAGCUGGGGGAGCAGAUGACGAAAUGAUCCUCGACUCAGCACCCUCAGGGGAUAAGCACAAGAAGGACGACAAAGCCUCUAUACUCGCGCGAGAUGUGGACGCCUUCUGGCUGCAGCGUCAGAUUGGCACAUUAUACCCAGACGCGCACGAGCAAACGGACAAAACCAAGGAUGCCCUGCGUAUACUUUCCGGAGAACCUGACGAGGUCGGCGGCGAAGAGAAAACUCUCCGAGAGAUUGAAAACGAUCUAAUGGAGCUCUUCGAUUUCGAGCAUCACGAGCUUGUCCAAAAGCUAGUUCAGAACAGGGAAAAGGUCUUCUGGCUCACAAAACUUGCCAGAGCAGCAGAUGCGGAACAGCGUGCCAAUGUCGAAAGAGAAAUGGCCUCGGAGGGCCUGCAAUGGAUUCUCAACGAGCUGCGCGGCAAGUCUGCAGCCGACGGAGAGAAAGGAGGAAAAGGAGCCAUCAAGAUGGACAUUGACGUUCCCGCUUCUUUCACCGCCGAAGGGCCCAAGACUGAAAGGCCCGAAGGACACCUGGUGGGCGGGCUGCAGCCAAAGAGACUCAUAAACCUGGACAAUUUGGUCUUUGACCAAGGAAACCAUCUCAUGACCAACGCCAAAGUCAGGCUGCCAGAGGGAUCGACCAAGAGGUCUUUCAAGGGCUAUGAAGAGAUUCACGUGCCUGCUCCGAAGAAGCGGAAUGAUCCAGACGAUGUUCUUAUUCCCAUUACUGACAUGCCGGAAUGGUCACGGAUGCCCUUCAGCACGGCCAAGUCUUUGAACAAGAUCCAAUCCAAAUGUUACCCAACCGCUUUUGAGGAUGAUGGCAACAUGCUUGUUUGUGCCCCGACAGGUAGUGGUAAAACAAACGUGGCUAUGUUGACUAUCCUGAGAGAAAUCGGCAAGAACCGCAACCCUGAAACUGGCGACAUUGAUCUUGAUGCUUUCAAAAUCGUCUACAUCGCCCCUCUGAAGGCUCUCGUUCAAGAGCAAGUUGGCAACUUCGGAAAGCGUCUUGAGCCCUAUGGUAUCCGCGUGUCUGAGCUGACUGGUGAUCGCCAACUCACCAAGCAGCAAAUCGCAGAAACUCAAAUUAUCGUGACCACACCUGAAAAAUGGGAUGUCAUCACGCGCAAGGCAACUGAUGCCUCCUACACCAACUUGGUGCGCCUGAUCAUCAUUGAUGAAAUCCACUUGCUCCAUGACGACCGUGGUCCCGUAUUGGAGAGCAUUGUCAGCAGAACCAUUCGAAAGACGGAGCAAACAGGAGAGCCUGUGCGAAUUGUCGGUCUGUCUGCAACGCUUCCAAACUACCGAGAUGUUGCUAGCUUUCUUCGCGUCGACACCAAGAAGGCGAUGUUCCACUUUGAUGGUUCCUUCCGACCCUGUCCUUUGCGCCAGGAGUUUAUUGGUGUCACUGACCGCAAAGCAAUCAAGCAGCUCAAGACGAUGAACGAUGUCACCUACAACAAAGUCAUUGAACACGUCGGCACUCACCGAAACCAGAUGAUUAUCUUCGUCCACUCUCGUAAAGAGACUGCAAAGACGGCCCGUUAUAUCCGAGACAAGGCCCUGGAAAUGGAGACUAUUAACCAAAUUCUUCGACACGAUGCCGGCAGCCGGGAGGUUUUGGCUGAAGCUGCAAGCCAAGCAACCGACCAGGAUCUCAAGGAUAUCUUGCCUUAUGGAUUCGGUAUCCACCAUGCAGGCAUGAACAGAAUAGACAGAACCGAUGUUGAGGAUUUGUUUGCCAGAGGUGCUAUUCAAGUCCUUGUGUCUACUGCCACCCUUGCCUGGGGUGUCAACUUACCCGCCCAUACCGUCAUCAUCAAGGGUACACAAAUCUACUCUCCAGAGAAGGGUAGCUGGGUUGAGCUUAGCCCUCAGGAUGUUCUCCAGAUGCUGGGUCGUGCAGGUCGACCGCAGUUCGACACCUAUGGAGAAGGUAUCAUUAUUACGACUCAAAGCGAGAUUCAGUACUACCUCUCGCUUCUCAACCAGCAGCUUCCCAUUGAGAGUCAGUUUGUUAGCAAAUUGGUGGAUAAUCUUAAUGCUGAAGUUGUACUUGGCAAUGUGAGAACUCGAGAUGAGGGUGUCGAAUGGCUUGGAUACACAUACCUCUUUGUCCGAAUGCUUCGGUCUCCAGGGUUGUACCAAGUGGGUGCAGAAUAUGAGGACGAUGAGGCAUUAGAACAAAAGCGUGUCGACCUCAUACAUUCUGCAGCAAUGGCUCUCAGAAAGUCGAAUCUUGUCAAGUAUGAUGAGAAGACGGGCAGGAUCCAGUCUACCGAACUGGGUCGCAUUGCCUCCCACUACUACAUCACCUCAAGCUCCAUGGACACCUAUAACAACCUCAUCCAACCCUCAAUUACAACUAUCGAGCUCUUCCGGGUAUUCGCACUGAGUGCCGAAUUUAAAUACAUUCCCGUCCGUCAGGAUGAGAAGCUGGAGCUCGCCAAGCUGAUGGGCAGAGUGCCGAUCCCCGUCAAAGAAAGCAUUGAAGAGCCACACGCCAAAAUCAACGUUCUGCUCCAGGCCUACAUCUCCCGUUUGAAGCUCGAUGGCCUGGCGCUCAUGGCAGACAUGGUAUAUGUCACACAAAGUGCCGGCCGAAUCUUGCGGGCCAUCUUCGAGAUUACACUCAAGAAGGGCUGGGCAUCAGUUGCAAAGACUGCCCUGGAUCUGUGCAAAAUGGCAGAAAAGCGAAUGUGGCCUACAAUGUCACCGCUGCGCCAGUUCCCCUCCUGCCCUCGUGAUAUUGUUCAGAAAGCAGAAAGAAUCGACGUCUCGUGGAGCAACUACUUUGAUCUUGAUCCUCCGAGAAUGGGCGAGCUGCUGGGCAUGCCAAAGGCAGGCCGUACAGUCUGUGGGCUUGUCGCCAAGUUCCCCAGGGUCGAUGUUCAGGCACAGGUUCAGCCCAUGACCAGAUCGAUGCUCAGAGUCGAGCUCAGCAUCACUCCAAACUUCGAAUGGGAUGACAGCGUUCAUGGCGCUGCUGAGAGUUUCUGGAUUGUAGUCGAGGACUGCGACGGCGAGGACAUUUUAUAUCACGACACGUUCCUUCUUCGCAAGGACUACGCCGAAUCUGAAGCAAAUGAACACAUCGUGGACUUCACGGUCCCUAUCACAGAUCCUAUGCCACCCAACUACUUUGUUUCAGUCAUCUCAGACAGGUGGAUGCAUUCUGAGACGAGGUUGGCCGUCCCCUUCCACAAGCUUAUUCUACCCGAAAAGUUCCCGCCUCACACGGAGCUGCUUGACCUUCAACCUCUUCUCGUUUCGGCGCUUAAAGUCCAAGAUUAUGUGGAUCUCUAUCCGGAUUGGAGACAGUUCAACAAGAUCCAAACGCAGACCUUUAACUCGCUCUACAAGACGGAUCAGAAUGUCUUCAUCGGUGCCCCAACGGGAAGUGGCAAAACAGUAUGUGCUGAAUUCGCCCUCCUACGGCACUGGGCGCAGGGCGAUGCCGGUCGAGCAGUUUAUAUCGCUCCUUUCCAAGAGCUUGUUGACGCUCGUCUCCAAGACUGGCAAAAGAGACUCAGCCACUUGGGUGGCGGAAAAGAGAUUGUGAAGUUGACAGGCGAAACUGCUGCAGAUCUUAAAAUCCUCGAGGCGGGUGAUUUGAUCCUCGCUACACCUACGCAAUGGGAUGUUUUGUCGAGGCAAUGGAAGAGACGGAAGAAUGUUCAAACGGUGCAGCUGUUCAUCGCCGAUGAGAUCCAUCUUCUAGGUGGCCACAUGGGCUACAUUUACGAGAUUAUCGUAUCGCGCAUGCACUACAUCCGUACCCAGACGGAGCUGCCGAUGAGGAUUGUUGCUUUGAGUGCCUCUCUGGCCAAUGCUCGCGAUGUUGGCGAGUGGAUUGAUGCAAAAAAGCACGACAUUUACAACUUCAGCCCUCACGUCAGACCCGUGCCUCUCGAGCUUCACAUUCAGUCCUUCUCGAUUCCUCAUUUCCCGUCCUUGAUGCUGGCCAUGGCGAAGCCGGCAUACUUGGCUAUUACCCAGAUGUCGCCAGACAAGCCGGCAAUGAUCUUCGUUCCCAGUCGCAAGCAGACCAGAAACACUGCACGCGAUUUACUGGCUGCCUGUGCCGCGGACGACGACGAAGACCGCUUUUUGCACACCGACGUCGAGCAAAUGCGGCCCCUUCUUGAUCGCGUCCACGAGGAGGCCCUGGCUGAAGCCCUGUCUCAUGGUAUUGGUUACUACCAUGAAGCUCUCAGCCAGAGCGACAAGCGCAUCGUGAAGCACCUUUACGAUAAUGGUGCUAUUCAAGUGCUUGUCGCGUCUCGAGACGUCUGUUGGGAAUUGACGAGUACCGCUCAUCUCGUCGUUGUCAUGGGGACGCAGUAUUUCGAGGGCCGCGAGCACAGAUACGUGGACUACCCUCUUAGCGAAAUUCUGCAAAUGUUUGGCAAGGCAUUGCGGCCCUCAAAAGACGGCCGUGGCCGUGGAGUUCUCAUGCUUCCUCAGGUCAAGCGUGAUUACUACAAGAAGUUUUUGAACGAGGCCCUGCCCAUCGAGUCACACUUGCACAACUACCUCCAUGAUGCCUUUGUCACGGAGAUUAGCACCAAGAUGAUCGAGUCGGGUGAUGACGCCAUUAACUGGACCACAUUCACGUACUUUUAUCGAAGACUACUAGGGAACCCAAGCUACUAUGGCCUGACUAGCACAACUCACGAAGGCCUGAGCAACUACAUGUCAGAUCUCGUGGAAACGACGCUGCGUGAAUUGGGCGAAUCCAAGAUCAUUGAAUUUGACGAAGAUGAUGGAUCUGUUGCGCCGCAGAAUGCGGCCAUGAUUGGUGCCUACUACAACAUCUCUUACAUCACAAUGCAGACAUUCUUGCUGUCUCUCACAGCACGGACGAAGCUCAAGGGUAUCUUGGAAAUCGUAACUUCCGCUACCGAGUUCGAAACCAUUCAGGUUCGUCGGCACGAGGACAGUCUUCUGCGACGCAUCUACGACCGCAUUCCCGUCAAGAUGGCGCAGCCCAGCUAUGACUCUCCUCACUUCAAGGCGUUUGUUUUGCUCCAAGCUCACUUCUCUCGGAUGCAACUUCCAAUCGACCUUGCCAAAGACCAAGAGAUUCUCCUCACUAGAAUUCUCAGUCUUCUCAGCGCCAUGGUCGACAUUCUCUCAUCAGAUGGCCAUCUUAACGCCAUGAACGCCAUGGAAAUGUCCCAAAUGGUUGUCCAAGCAAUGUGGGACCGAGAUAGUCCUCUCAAGCAGAUUCCACACUUUUCGCCCGAGGUCGUCAAGGUUGCAAAUGAUUUUGGAAUCAAGGACAUUUUCGACUUCAUGGAAGCGAUGAACCCUGAGGAGAAUGCAGACUAUAACAACUUGGUCAAGCGAUUGGGUCUUUCACAGAAACAGCUGGCACAAGCAGCAGAGUUCACAAACGACAAGUACCCCGAUUUGGAGCUGGAACAUGAAGUUCUUGACGCAGAUGAAAUCAGGGCUGGUGAGCCAGCUAACCUGAGCAUCAAAAUUACGCGAAACAUCGAGGAGGAUGACGAACACGACUCUACGGUGCACGCGCCCUUCUACCCCUCUAAGAAGAUGGAGAACUGGUGGUUGGUGGUGGGCGAUGACAAGACUCGAAAUCUCCUGGCAAUCAAACGGGUUACCAUCGGCCGUGAGCUGAACGUACGGCUUGAAUACACUGUGCCAUCUCCUGGUGAGCACAACCUCAAGCUGUUCCUAAUGAGUGAUAGUUACAUCGGAGUGGACCAAGAACGGGAGUUUUCAGUGACGGCAGCAGAGAGCAUGGAUGUGGACGAGGACGAGGACGACGAGGACGAAGACGAGGAGUAG